AUGGAGAUUGAUUCUCCUCCUGAACCUCCUGAUUCAGGUGGCUCAAUAGAAACUUUUACCGAUACUAUUUCUCCUCCCUCUGUACCUGUUUCUCGAAAACGCCUCGCCCAAGCAGCAAACUCCUUUCUAGCGAAUCCUAUUGUCGAAAUGUGCAAGUAUAAAGCUAUGGUACCGACUUUUAAUGUAACUAGAAUGGGAUUGAUUAAGGGUAUUCCCGUGGACUGGACGAUGGAAGAACUUGCUUUAAAACUCAGUGUCGAUCCCAACCUAGGUGUUUUAAGUGCUCUAAAUCCCACACAGUCAACCUAUCCCUACAACAACCAGGUCCUAUCGGAAGACUGUUAUCAGUACUCCUCGCCCAAGAUCACCUCUUGGGAAAGGACUAUCUUCCUUGCAGGUAUUCCUUUGUUCUUCUACAUAAUAACAUUAAUCGGGGGUGUAAGUUACUUCUACACUUACAUUGUCUCCAUGUUCUGGAUGGUGUUCUUCCGCUACGGUCGAUCGGAUAUACAAGCGACAGCUAUAGCUAUUGCCUUUAGCACCUGCAGCGUCACUUGUAUCACGAACAAAGAAUUGAGGAACACUGUCCACAAAUUUUUAAAAUGCGACUCUCAAGUCAUACCCAACACAAGAUUUGCUAAGAAUCUGCGUAAGGAGCUUCGAGUUGUCAAGAAACGGGCGACAGCUAUUUGGUUAUUGCUCGUCUCUGAUGGUGGUAUUUUCCUGGUGAUACCAUUUAUCGUCCCUGGAAGGCAAUUUACCGUCGAAGUCUACUUACUUUAUGGUUUAGAACCCAUGCUGGAGACACCCAAUUACGAAAUAGCAAUUUGCAUCAUGACUUUAAGUGUUGGGUUUGCCGUUUACAUAAUGGUCAGUGUCGCGGUAUACGUCAUAGUUAUCGUUGGUUACAAUGAAGCACAAUUAAAUGCUCUCAGCGAAGAACUAAAUAACGUAUGGGAUGAUAGUAAAAACUUCUACAAUCACGUUAAGCAUAGAGUAACCGAUAAAGUACACGCUGUAUACAUCCAAAAGCAAAUAAUGAAUGAAUUCAUAAGAAUCCGUCUGAGAGAUAUCAUAAAGUUUCACAUUGCAAAUAUUAAUCUUCUACACGAAUUGGAUGAAGAGUUUGGACCCACACUAGCAGUUGAAUACAGUAUUAUGGCAAUUUCUUUGAUAGCUGGACUACUUGGUGGAUUAGAAAAUACGUAUCUUCAACUACCAUAUGCAAUUGUCCAAAUAUUUAUGGACUGUCUGGCUGGACAGCGACUGAUGGAUGCUUGUGAUAAUUUUGAGAAAUCUGUUUAUUCUUGUCAAUGGGAAAACUUCAAUGUAAGCAAUCAGAGAACUAUACGCUUGAUGUUGAUGAUGUCACAGAAAACUCUGAUGCUAUCAGCCGGUGGAGUCGCUAAGUUAAAUUUUAAUUGCUUGAUGAUUAUAUUUAAGUCGACUUAUUCGACAUAUACGACAUUAAAAUCAACGGUGAAGUAA